AUGCCUGCCCCUUAUGUAAUCAGCUUGUCCUCGGACGAAGAAGAAGACGACGAUGUGCAAGUGCUUGCCUUCCAUGAAGCAACGCAGAAACUCAUAGAACAGGCUCCUCCAAAAGUCGUGAAGAAGCUCUGUGAGGCUGAAUGCCCCAUCUGUUUCGACUCGAUCAAAAACGCCACCACGACCUUCUGCGGGCACGUGUACUGCCUUGAAUGCCUACAGAAAAGCAUAUCUGCGUCCUCGGCUCGUGGGCAAACGCGGGGGAAAAAAGGGGUGGGCCUCUGUCCCAUGUGCCGCAAAUCUGUGGCAUUCAAAGACACAAUCGUGCUACGGUUGAAAAGGGGAAACAAAGUGGCGCCGCCGAUCGAGAAGGCGGCGGGGCAGGCGGAUGAC